CAGGCACACCACCCACCAGAGAACCCAAAACGAAUGAACUACAAAUGAGAAAAAGAAAAAAAAGAUGGAAUUGCACAUUUUAGAGCACCGCUUAAAAGUAGCGAGCGUAGCCAAAGAGCGUAUCCAGAUGUUUACCUAUGGCUUGAUCAAACUGGCUUUCCUCUCCUCCAAGACCAGGUGCAAGUUCUUCAGCCUGACGGAGACCCCUGAGGACUAUACCAUCAUCGUGGAUGAAGAAGGCUUUCUAGAGCUCCCCUCGUCAGAACACUUGAGCGUAGCCGACGCGACGUGGCUGGCACUCAACGUGGUUUCCGGAGGAGGAGGCUUCUCGAGUUCCCAGCCCAUCGGCGUGACCAAAAUCGCCAAAUCGGUGAUCGCUCCAUUGGCCGACCAGAACAUCUCAGUAUUCAUGCUCUCCACCUAUCAGACGGACUUUAUCUUGGUACGUGAGCGGGACUUGCCUUUUGUGAUGCACACGCUGGCUUCGGAGUUCACCAUCCUCCGGGUCGUGAACGGGGAGACGGUGGCGGCUGACAGCUUCGGGAUAACGAACGGAUUCAUGAAACCGAAACUGGUUCAGAGGCCUAUCAUCCAUCCCCUUUCCAGUCCAAGUAACAUGUUCUGUGUCACCAGCUUGGAUCCUGAUACCCUACCUUCUGUUGCUACUCUCCUUAUGGACGUCAUGUUUUACUCCAAUGGAGUAAAAGAUUCUAUGGCGGGCAAUGAAGACUCCGGACACAUUCGUUUUUUCUCAUUUUCUCUCAUUGAGGGUUACAUUUCUUUGGUGAUGGAUGUACAGACUCAGAAAAGGUUUCCUAAUAAUUUGUUGUUUACAAGUGCAUCGGGAGAACUGUGGAAGAUGGUUCGCAUCGGAGGGCAGCCCCUUGGCUUUGAUGAGUGCGGAAUUGUGGCCCAAAUCUCUGAGCCUUUGGCUGCUGCUGAUAUCCCAGCCUAUUACAUCAGUACUUUUAAGUUUGAUCAUGCACUGGUACCAGAAGAAAAUAUAAACGGUGUAAUCAAUGCACUCCAAGUCAGUCAAGGCGAAAAACAUUAGGAACCAUUUGGAGGCAACUUUGGGUGCAUUUUACGACAAAGAAUUCUUCUUCUCAGUAUUUUCUUGGGGGAGGGGGGUAAUUUUUAUUUUCAUCUUUUAUUUUACUCCAAAGAGAGCAUGGGAGAACGAUUGCCGUGCCAUGAAGGAAAUGAGAAACUCUCAAAGACUGCUGAAUAGGCAAAUAACUCCUGAUAGCUUUUAAGAAAAUAAUUUUUUAAAAAAAAGUAUCUCCAAGUGGGGGGGAGGAGAGGGAGAGGGUGAAAUCUUUGGCAUUAAACAACUUUGAAGGUUUUCUGACAUUCAGCUCUGAAGCUAAA